AUGACUCACAUCCGAGAAGAAUCUGGAGGCCCAUCAACCAGCAGCAAAGAAACGCACAAGCCUCGGCCCUCGGCUCCACAGAAAGCCCGAAUCCUGCACCGCACCCCGCCCUUGGUGAUCCCUACUCCACACAUAACAGAAAGAAAGAUGGCUCCGCCCAAGAAAAACAAGACAGGCUUACUAGAGAAACUGCUGGAACUUGACACUGCGUCCAAUGACAACGCACACAGGACUCUAACCUGCACGCCGGUAACAAUGUACAAGUGCUCCAAGUGUGCGCGCUAUUUCACCAGCAGGCCGCGUCUCCGGAGGCACCACCUGGCUCACAACAAGUACAAAGUGGCGUGCCCAGACUGCGGGAGACUCUUUGCAUGUAAAGCGAGUGUCCUGCGUCAUCAGGUGGUGCACGCCAAUGAUAAACCAUUUCCUUGUUCUUUCUGCGACAAGAACUUUUCCAGCGACAAAGGGCGAGAGAUCCACCUGAGGCGGCACACCGGCGACAAGCCCUUCCCAUGUUCUGACUGUGGCAAGAAGUUUUUAUUGAAGGCCCAGCUGAGAAGUCACCAAAUGCUCCACACCGGGGAGCGAUAUUCAUGCCACGAGUGCGGGAAAUGUUAUCGGACAAAACCCGGACUUGUCCUACACAUGAGGAUUCACAGAGGAGACUUUGCAUACUGGUGCCCCGAGUGCGGAAAAGGGUUCGUCCAGAAAAGUCACUUGAAGAACCAUCUUCACACUCACAGCAAUGAGAAACCAUUCACCUGCCUGGAAUGUGGCAAAGGCUUCGGCCAAAAGUACAACCUGAAGCAACAUAUGAAGGUCCAUGCCGCCAAGGAGCGCCAGAAAUAUUCCUGCCCUGAGUGCGGGAAAUGCUAUAAGCGUAAAGCCGAUUACAGGUGGCAUAUGCUGAUCCACCUCGGUGAAAAGUGA